GAGACAAGAUAAUUUCAAAAGCUGGGAGGAGGGAGAGAAACAAAGGGUAUGUGUGUCUGUCUAUAUUUUGUCUUUGCCGGGGAUAGACCAGGAAUGAAGCCUUAGAACUUUUAGUAAGUAAUCUAGCUAGGUACGUGUUAGAUUAUGAUUUCUUUAAAUGGCUGAGAAAAGAAUUGUGCUGAAUAGAAUAACUAUUUCUGUCUGUGUAUCUUUUUUGUAACUUAAGGUUUUGCCUAGAGGGGUUCUCUAUGUUUUGAAUCUAAUUACCCUGUAAAGUAUUUACCAUCCUGAUUUUACAGGGGGGAUUUUUUUUUAUUUCUAUUUACUUCUAUUUCUAUUAAAAGUCUUCUUGUAAGAAAACUGAAUGCUUUUUCAUUGUUCUCAGAUCCAAGGGUUUGGGUCUGUGGUCACCUAUGCAAAUUGGUGAGGCUUUUUAUCCAACAUUUCCCUGGAAAGGGGGGGUGCAAGUGUUGGGAGGAUUGUUCAUUGUUCUUAAGACCCAAGGGUCUGGGUCUGUAGUCACCUAGGCAAAUUGGUGAGGCUUUUUACCAAACCUUGUCCAGGAAGUGGGGUGCAAGGUUUUGGGAAGUAUUUUGGGGGGAAAGACGUGUCCAAACAGCUCUUCCCCAGUAACCAGUAUUUGUUUGGUGGUGGUAGCGGCCAAUCCAAGGACAAAGGGUGGAAUAUUUUGUACCUUGGGGAAGUUUUGACCUAAGCUGGUAAAGAUAAGCUUAGGAGGUUUUUUUUUCAUGCAGGUCCCCACAUCUGUACCCUAGAGUUCAGAGUGGGGGAGGAACCUUGACAUGGUGGCAGAGUGGUGGGAUUAACCUGAAAUCAUUUUGAGAUCCAGUUGAGAUUUUUUUUUGAACUAGAAAUACAGAUUUUAAAAAAAAGGAGAUUUUUUUUUUCUUUCCUUUGGAAAGGAAGUCCAGAAGCAGCUGAAACUGAAAGCAGCUUGUUUUUUUCUCUGCUUUGUGGCCAAGCAGAGACAAAAGGGGAUUAUCUUUGUGAAUUGCAGGUUUUCUUUGCCUGGAGGCAGGGUACUUAACUCCUGCAGGGAAAUUCACAGUCUUCCAACCCAGAGUUUUUUUUUUUUUCCCUAAAAGUAAAUAGAAGGGGGGGUGUUCUACCCAUUUGCCUGGAGACAAAAGUGGCAAGGGUUUUUUUUUUGGAUUUUGAUUUUUUACAAGGAGCACAAGUUUAAAAAGGAAACUUGGUUUUUCUUUGGGCUGGGUAAACAGGUUUCAAAGUAGCUGGAAGUUUUUGCUUUGAUUUGGGCCCAGAGCAGAGACAAGAGAAUUGUCUUUUUUUUUUUUUUUUUUUUUUUUUUUUUUUUUGUAGGCUGACAAUCACUAUCAGAGAAUAGGUAUUCUAUUCCAGCACAGCAAAAUUUUACAGCCAAGUUUUUUUUUUGUUUAUUUCUAAACCUCGGGUGUAAAGUUAGUUAAAAACAGAGAGGUUAGAAUGACAAAAUCUGCGGCUCGACUACGGCUGGAAUUAGCCAGAUUUCAGGCUGAGGAAAGACAAAGGGAACAUGAAAGACAGAUAGAACUCAUGCGGCUGAAGAAGGAGGAGAAGGAACAAGAAAGGGAGGCAGCGAAAGAGGCAGCGAAAGAGGCAGAACAACACCAAGCGGCUGCUCACAGGAGAGCUAUGGAAGCAAGGGACAAAGAACUGGAGGAGAAGGAAAAAGAGAGGAAGUAUGUGGAGGAGAUAGAGAAGAUAAAGGCUCAGGAGAAUAUCCCAACAAACCCUAGCUAUCCUUCUCCAAGUACCACUUCCCAUCCCAGAAAGUUCCCCACCUACAAAGCAGGCGAUGAUACUGAGGCCUUCCUAGAAAACUUCGAAAGGGCCUGCCUUGGGUACAACAUCUCUACUGACCAAUACAUGGUAGAGCUGAGGCCGCAGCUCAGUGGACCCUUAGCUGAGGUGGCAGCUGAAAUGCCUAAAGAACACAUGAACAAGUAUGAACUGUUUAAAUCCAAGGCGAGAGUCAGAAUGGGGAUAACACCCGAGCAGUCUCGUCGGAGGUUCAGAGCCCUAAGGUGGAAACCAGAUGUGUCAUUUACCCGACAUGCCUACCACAUUGUGAAGCAUUGGGAGGCCUGGAUAUCCGGAGCAAGUGUUGAAUCUCCAGUAAAUUUGCCCUUCCUAAUGCAAAUGGAACAAUUCUUAGAGGGUGUUCCUGAGGAAAUAGAAAGAUACAUCCUAGAUGGGAAGCCCAAAACUGUAAUCGAGGCAGGAGAGAUUGGAGCCAGAUGGGUGGAGGUGGCAGAGAAGAAGAAAACUGGUCGCAGUUGGAGCGGAGACCAGAAGGGACAACCCCAGACCACACCCUAUUACCGGGGGCCGCCCAAAGCCCCACCUACCUCCCAAAGAACCCUCCAGACCCCUUAUCGUCCCUCCACCCCGUUCUCCAGCAACCCUCCUCGCCCCAGUGACCAGUCAGCUGGACGAUGUUUUAAAUGUAACGAGCUGGGGCAUGUAAAGGCCAACUGCCCCAAGAACCCCAACAGAUUACAGUUCAUUGCACCGGAAUCACACCAGAGGUCCACAGGCCCAGAUACCUCCCAGAUACCCUUGGAGCGGAGGGAAACUGUGAGUGUGGGCGGGAAGAAGGUCACCGCGUGGAGGGACACCGGAGCACAAGUGUCAGCUAUCCAUGCUUCCUUAGUGGACCCCAAUUUAAUCAACCCAGAGAUCCAAGUGACGAUUCAACCCUUCAAGUCCAACUCUUUCGAUUUGCCUACAGCCAAGUUGCCUGUCCAGUACAAGGGCUGGUCCGGAACGUGGACUUUUGCAGUCUAUGAUGAUUAUCCCAUCCCCAUGCUGUUGGGGGAAGACUUGGCCAAUCAUGUGAAGCAGGCCAAGAGGGUGGGAACGGUCACCCGCAGCCAGGCUAACCAAGCCGUGAGGCCUAGCUCUGUUCCGGAAACUUCUAUCAGGACCCGGUCAGAGGUGAUGGAUCCGGACCCCAGACCAAUGUCUGCAACAGCAGUAGUGGAUCCAGUCCCAGAGACCCAGACGGAACCAGUCCCAGAACCGGAACCAGCCGAACAACCAACACCAGACCCAUUGCCAGCACUGAAUCCAGUACUUGCAACCUCAACACCAGAGGGCCCCACCGACCCUGAACCGACAGCAGCCGAUAACCCGACACAAGAGGCUCAGCCGGAGCCUGAAUCCCAACAUAGUUCACCAGCGGAGAGCGGUUCACAGUCAACAGAAACAGCCCCAUCCCCUAUAUCGCUUCCAGAGGGACCAAGCCUAGGUCCACAAUCCAAUAAGGAACUGAUGUCUCCAGCAUCAAGGGAACAGUUCCAGACCGAACAGGAAGCAGAUGAAAGCCUCCAGAGAGCUUGGACGGCGGCACGGAGCCACCCACCGCCUCUCAGCUCUUCUAAUCGAUCCAGCCCAGGGAGGAGACGACGCUGAGUGGCCUGAAGGUGUCUACUACGAAGGGAAAUGUGCUGGUGGUGUGGAAGAGGUGAACCUCUCCAUGACCCUUGGGCGUAUGCAGCGACAGCAGAUCCAGGAGCUGUGCACUAGCUACGCGCCAACGUUCUCAUCCACCCCAGGACUGACUGAACGGGCAUACCACUCCAUUGACACAGGUAAUGCUCGCCCAAUUAGAGUCCAACCUUACCGGGUGUCUCCUCAAGCUAAAACUGCUAUAGAACGGGAGAUCCGGGAUAUGUUACAGAUGGGUGUAAUCCGCCCCUCUGAAAGUGCAUGGGCAUCUCCAGUGGUUCUAGUUCCCAAACCAGAUGGGGAAAUACGUUUUUGCGUGGACUACCGUAAGCUAAAUGCUGUAACUCGCCCAGACAACUAUCCAAUGCCACGCACAGAUGAACUAUUAGAGAAACUGGGACGGGCCCAGUUCAUCUCUACCUUGGACUUAACCAAGGGGUACUGGCAGGUACCGCUAGAUGAAUCUGCCAAGGAAAGGUCAGCCUUCACCACACAUCUCGGGCUGUAUGAAUUUAAUGUACUCCCUUUCGGGCUGCGAAAUGCACCCGCCACCUUCCAAAGACUUGUAGAUGGUCUCCUAGCAGGAUUAGGAGAAUAUGCAGUCGCCUACCUUGACGAUGUGGCCAUAUUUUCGGAUUCCUGGGCAGACCACCUGGAACAUCUACAAAAAGUCCUUGAGCGCAUAAGGGAGGCAGGACUAACUGUUAAGGCUAAGAAGUGUCAAAUAGGCCUAAACAGAGUGACUUACCUUGGACACCAGGUGGGUCAAGGAACUAUCAGCCCCCUACAGGCCAAAGUGGAUGCUAUCCAAAAGUGGCCUGUCCCAAAGUCAAAGAAACAGGUUCAAUCCUUCUUAGGCUUGGCCGGUUAUUACAGACGAUUUGUACCGCACUACAGCCAAAUCGCCGCCCCACUGACAGACCUAACC